CAGCUCACUCUGAAACAGCUAUGGCAACGGAACUCCGUGAGCGGAAGGGUGGUGAGGUGCCGCCGCCGAUGAUGGUGGCUGAAGACGUCCAGAUGGACAACAUGAGCAAGGAGGAGGUCAUGGAAAUUGCAGAAGACUCGGCGCCGCCGUUUCUCCUGCCUUAUAUCGCCAAGGUUGCCCCCGCGCUGGCGGUGCUCGGUACGAUCAUCGACGUUGUUGGCCCGCACGUGGAGAACGUCGCUGCUGCAGCGGUUGCGUUUUGGGCUGCCAUCCAGCCGUACCACCCAGAGGAGUUUGCGGUGGCCGGCCUUGGGUUCAUUGUCUGCUUCUUUGGCUCGUCGUUCAUGGUCUCGAUCGCUGCUGUAGAAGCCUUCCGCCUCUGCGGGUGGGAGACGACCCGCGACUGCAUCCUCUCGCUGUACGAGGACUACAAAAUUGUGCGUGAGGCUUACCGCAAGGACUCGCUCCUGGACGAGAACAAUGACGGCAUUGCCGAUGUUGACCAGAUCACCAAGAAGGAGCUGGCCUCGCGCAAGGUCCGGGUCAUUCUUCGGGCAUGCAACCCGGUCAAGAUCCAGCACGCAAUCGCCGGCAUCAACGCUGGCGUCAUCGCAGUUGUCGCCACCCUCAAGAUCCACUUUGCUGAGGCCAUCACCCUCGGCACCUCUAUCGCCUCCACGCUCGUCCGCGCCUCCAACAAGACGCUCAAGCCGUCGCUGCAGCGCAUUGUCGAGCCCGAGUACCACAAGUGGAUCGACCCGGUCAUCCAGUACGCCUGCCAGACCAUUGGCAUCUCCAUCGCCUACACGCUCCACCGUAUCAUCGCCACCUUCCACGCCGCCGUCAAGGGUGGCUUCCUCUUCACCAAGGGUGUCCUGCACUACGCCGAGCGCCGCGGCUUUGCCGCCGCUUCCAAGGUCGAGGAGGGCUCGCCGGCCUUUACCGGCAUGGCUCUGGCCGUUGCCGCCCUCGGCUUCUACUUUCAGGCAUCGUCCUGGUUUGGUGGCCUCCCCUUCCCUAUCAACAUCCUCCUCCUGCCGUUCACCAUCGUCGAGUACAUCCUCACCUGGAUCGUCUUCAACUGAUGGUGACCGAGCCCAUGAACAAAUCCCGCUCCCGGCUGCA